UCUAAAGUCCAGGUGGUCCAAAAUGCGUAAAAACGCAGCGUAAAAAAGAGGCAAAACACUCACGAGACACACCACCUCGCCGCAGCUCUCUGUUGUUGAGCUGAUUUCAGAGGAGAGAGGAGGAAAAGUACAGCUUUUGGAUUUGCAGCGGGAGGAAGACCCGAAACAAUUGGACGCGUUGCGGUGGUGCUGCGCUGCGACAAAAACCAGAAAAAAACAACAACAAAAAAACUGAACUGAGCGGGGUAAACUUUUUCUCUGUUGUGCCGAAUUCGACAGUUGCCUUACCUGGAAAUUUUUAGGCUACUCUUGUCAGCGACAAGUGGAGAUAUGUUCAAGAAAACCAAGAGUAAAGUACUGGUGGAUUAUGCGUCAGAGGAAGACGACAUGUCCUGGCAUUAUCAUCACUCCUACAAGGACAAAGACCUGGGAGAGGAAGAGGAGGAGGACGCUGGCACUGCGUUAGCCAAGGAGGCAAAGGUGAAAAAGAUGAUGUCAAAGAAGGAGAAGAAGGAGAAAAAGAUGCUGUCCUCUAAGGAUGACGAGCAUUUGUUGCUGUCUGGGGUGAAGGUGGCAGAGCGCAAAGUGUCCAACAAAAAGCUCAAGGAAGGUGAGAAGGAGAAGAAGGACAAGCCGGAAAAGGGGCACUGUUUCUGGGACAAUGUUACGAUGACGAUGAGGCAAAUCUCGCCUGCCAAAAAACUGGAGAAGAUGGAGGGCUGGGAGCCUCCACGGCUGGCAAUUGUUUCUGAGAUUGUGCCUGAUGAAGCCCUCAUUGAGAACAGUCAGAACGGGGAGUCGGCAUUGUCCCUUCCUCCCGACUCCUUAAGCGUUCCCUUGGAAAUUCCUUCAUGGGGUGGCCAGGGGUUUGAGGAGGACUCCUCUCGCUAUGCCAACCUGACGGACUCCAAUGACCGAGCAGCUGCAGUGAGGUGGACGUCCCGUGCCAAGGUCAAGCUGGCUGGCAUCAGCAGAAUGAGCAGAGGGAUCGCGUCAGAGAGCCCAUGGGCAGGAUUUAAACAGUAGCAUUGUUAUGCUCAGUAGACAAUUUGUUCCAGAUUUCUGCCUCUUUCUAGUCUUACUCCAGAAGGAAAAUGUAAUGUUAGAGACUGUCACACAAGAAAAUUAAAGAGGCAGUGCCUUAAAUUGCUCUACCAGUAGUGGCCAGUAGAUGCCAGGAUUUCUUAUUUUCCUACUUGUGUCUAUUGAGAUCAUUAAAGGGCAUACAGUGGACCUCCCGCCUCUCUCCCCGCUAUUCAAGGAUGUUUUCUGCCGGCGAAUACUCAAAAACGCUUAUAACUGCCUUUUUUAACAGUUCAAACACAAAAUAUAUCUUAAUAUGCAUUAAUGUGCACAGUGGAAACCAUCCUAGCACUACUACAGAGGCCAACAUCUACAAUUUUCAGCAAAUACUGAACCACGAAUAGUUGGGGGUCCACUGUAUAUCAUAAUUUUUUACAACUUUUCCUUUUUAAUUUUGUUCGUGUCUGUAUGUGAUGAAAGUUAUUUCCAUAGCUGAAAUCAGAAGUAAUUAAUUAAAAUCAGUAAGAAUAAAGGAACCGAGCAGAAGGCUAAGAAUGCACGUACAUCUGGAGGGUCAUCAUCCAGAUGUUGGACUGCCUGUCUGUUGUAGAGAAGUAUAGCUUAAAAAGUUGGGGUUUUUUUGUAUCAUAAAAUACUUAAAAAAAACAAUAGAAAUCCAAACUGUGAUUUAUUCGUGGUUCAUACUUUCAAUAUUUGUAGAUUUUCUGUUUCUCUAAUGUGGUAUUGUCCUUUAACAUUUCCCCAAAAUGGUAAGUUAAUUUCACUACAAGACAUUUUAGUCAUUAAUCGCUUUAUUCCUUCAUUUUGAGCAGUGUGGUGUUGGUUCUUCAAGAGGGACAUGAUGGUUACAGCAAAAAAACAAAACAAAAAAAAACAAACUCCAACUUAGCUAGCAAUCUGUUGUUAAUGGCAUCAUAUUGCCAGGAAGCUACUCUAAUCCUUAAAUAUUACAUGUAAGGUUUUUAGGUUUGAAGAAAAUGAGUUUUUUUUUUAAAGUGAAUCACUAUCAAAUGCUAAAUCUGUUGAAAUGAAAGCCUUCACAUACUGUAAAAUUUCCGUUUUCUUUUCUGGAAUGCGCAAUUUUUGCCAACGGGCGAGAAGAUCUUUUCUCGCUCCAACGAGACAAUCAAAUAUUAUGCAAGCUUGUUGUACUACUGAGAGUUUAUGUAGCUAGUUUUUACAUCCUUUCUUUACAAAUGCGGCACCCUGAAACUGUCUGAAGCCUUAAUUUAAAAGCUCAGAAAUGGGUUGUGCAAUCAUAAAAAAAACAUAUUUUGAAACAACAGUGUGUGUGUCUUUGAAGUUAAGCAAAUCAACUAUGUCAAAGGUGGUUGAAUAUAUUUUCUCAUCUCAAGUUCUGGAGCUGUAUUAGAGGUAGAGGUCACACCACUAUUGAUUACACAAUGUUCCCCUCACAGUAUGGAUAAAGUUGUUCUUUCC